AUGCGGUUACACGACUCACAGCUUGGAGACGCAUACCAGGAUAGUAAGAAGGAGGAUGUUAGAACUCGCCUUGGGGGUGAAAAUUGGGAGGGGCCUAAGGAGCGAGGGCCCUAUUUGAAGUACGUCGAGAAUCUAUCAAAGAGAUGGCCUCAGCUCGAGCUACUACAUGAUUUCAUGGAAAUUGGCACUGUGCCUACGCGCUGGUGCAUCUUCCCUGGAGAGGAAAAAGAGAAGAAUGAGCAACGACGCUAUACAUAUCAUACUGCCAUUGGCCAUAAUGGACAGGCAGAACAGAACCCAGCCAAUCACCUUCGUACGACUCAAGAUCUUCGAAGGGCCAUUAAAAAGGCGGAAACCCCCGAAGUAGGAGUCAAGUUCAGCUUAUUCGUCGUCGAGGAUCUUUCACGAGACGUGAUCGAAACCCUUGGAUCUGAGCUAGCUAUCGAUCCACGAUUCUUUCGCGCUCAUAUUACCGACUAUGUCUGGAACAACAUCCGCGAUCGAUGGCGUGAGCCGUCAAUACUCCAGGUUGAUGCAAAAAGACAGAGGUGGUUCCAGCUUCGCCUGAUCCGUUCUCGAUACUUUGAGAAUCAAAGACAGUUGACGGAAGCAAAAAACCAAGUCAACGAGUUCAAUGUAAUGCGACGCCUUGACGCGGAUAAGAACCAAAUCUUCUGGGAUAAGGAUCCAGAUCCCACUAUAUGGGAAAGGCUUGUAGGUGAAUCUUCUCAAGACAAGGACCGAGUGGAUGCAAGAGUUGAUGCAAAGGUUGGACAUAUGCGCAGUCGUGCUACGUUCUGGUUAAACCCGGAAUCGACUAUCGGUGUUCUUUUACUUGAACCAACGCCCGAAGCUGGGUAUCCUCUUUGGCGGGGAUAUCCCAACUGGGACGAAGUGCCGCCGUUCGGUACCAACGAUGCCCCUACAAACGCAGUGCCCGACUUUCAGAUACCGCCAUCUCUGCGAUCCAAGGAUGCUAGAAACCCAAUGAGCUGGUUUGAAGACUACAUUUUUUGGGCCCAGAGAACCACCAACUUCGCGAAGCUCACAGACAGUGCAAAUCAACAGCUUUCCAUUCCAAUCCAGUGCUUGUUGCAUUUAGUAUGUGGCGAGUGGCUGACGUUCGCCGACUAUCUCAACGCCCGUCUCAACCAAAUUGACUGGGGAAUCGUAAACCCAUCAUUCUUCCCCGAGUCUGGAGGUACAGAUCAUCAGAAACAGAGUCUUAGGAAGCUUCAUUUCUGGCGACGAUGGGUACCCCAAGCACGGGAUAUGCUUCAAGCAACCAUGAGCCAAGUCAUGGAUGAUGAAGAAAGGGGAUUUGCCGAGUCUUUCAAGCUCUACAAAGAUGAUUUGGAAAUCGUCAAGAAACGCCUGGAGGACUACGAAACACGGAUUGACCGUCUCAGCACGGUCGUCAACUCGACUAUCAGCCUGACUGAUGCAAGCAACACGUCCAAACUCACCAUACUGGCAUCGUUUUUCAUCCCGCCGAGCUUAGUGGCUGCACUGUUGUCAAUGAACAUGGAUCCACUGAUUGGGCUUGGGGACUCGCUCAAAUGGUGGGCGGUGGCGUCUGUUGUGGCUGUGACGAUCCUUUUCACCAUAGGUUAUCUCUUGAAGACCAGAAAGGCAGAAAGUCUGAAAAAGAACUUGUCGAUUACGAAGAUGGUUUCGAAGUUGGAAGGACGAUGGAGGAGCAAGGCAAAGCCAAGUCCGACUACGAAUGGUGCCGUUUGCUAA